GUUCUUGAGUUUGGAGACGGGAGCGGCUUUAUGGGACAGCGUCUGUCCAGCCCCAUUUAGAGAGUAUAUAUAUAAAUAUAAGGGAGUGGAGUGUGUCGGGCUCAUGUGUUAGAUUGGAUGAGACAUUUUAAGCGAGAGCUAGCGGAGGGGAAACAACAGGAGCGGAAUGGCAGACAUACGCAAGAAACUUGUCGUGGUGGGGGACGGCGCGUGUGGGAAGACAUGUCUACUGAUCCUAUUCAGCAAGGACGAGUUCCCCGAGGUGUAUGUUCCGACUGUGUUUGAGACAUAUGUGGCGGACAUAGAAGUGGACAACAAGCAAGUCCAGCUGGCUUUGUGGGACACGGCCGGACAGGAGGACUACGACCGGCUGCGCCCCCUCUCCUACCCGGACACAGAUGUCAUUCUGAUGUGCUUCUCCGUGGACAGCCCGGAUUCGCUGGAGAACAUCCCCGAGAAGUGGGUCCCCGAGGUCAAACACUUUUGCCCCAAUGUGCCCAUCAUAUUAGUGGCCAACAAGAAGGAUCUGCGUAACGACGAGAACGUGAAGAACGAGCUGUCCCGGUUGAAGCUGGAGCCAGUGAAAACAGAGGAUGGCCGCGCCAUGGCCAUGCGCAUUGGCGCAUAUGACUAUUUGGAGUGCUCGGCCAAAACCAAGGAGGGGAUCUGGGAGGUGUUCGAGACUGCAACACGGGCAGCCUUGCAAAAACGAAAAACCCCAUCGGGGAAGUGUCUCAAGUGCUGUGUUUUGAUGUGAAUAUCGACGGUGUCUGUGGAGAAACCGCGACGCGCAGACGAGACGUUUUCCUCCCCAAGGAGGGUGGUGGUGGUGGUGGUGGAGAGGGGGUGCUGGGAUCUGUGUCUGAACAUGUAUGGGGGCAGUGACCGCGGCUCGGAUAUUCCCUUUGUAACCAGACGACCUUGGUGGAAACCAAACAAAGUGACUACAACAACAACAAAAGAAAAAAAAAACACCAAAAACCACCACCGUUGUUUUGACUCGCAGUCGAUGGUGAUCUGAUGUCUGCUGUGUGAAACGCACUGGUCACAGCAUGUUCUUUUUGUGGGUCACAUGCUCCCAGUCUGACAGGUGGAGGGGGUAAAGGGACAAAACCACUACAUUGCAGUGGGCGACUUAUUUACCCCUCCUUCUAACGUGGACAUGAGUUUCUUGUUUCCAAAGGCCUGCUUUCGAGCCAGGAUUUCAGUUGCUCACUUUUUUUUUUUUAUUGUGUUUCAUGAAAGUGUUUGCAUGGGCCACUGCCUCACUGCCAAGGUUAUUCUUUGUGUUAAGCAAAGCAGCAAAAAUUGCACUCGUUAUUUAUGUCCACUUUGUAUUGUAAAAUGACUGUUUUUAUUGUUUUGGGGAAAUUGCACAGCACCUGGACACUACAGUAAUCCACAGAACCAUUUUUUUAAUACAGAAAGUACGAAGUGAGUGCGAGGAUGCUCUAUGAUGAUGAUGUUCAGUAGAGUUUUCCUUCUGAUGUUGAUCUUUUCCCGCCAUUUUGAAUAAACACAUAGCUUAAGUUUACAGUUAAUGACAUCAGUUGCCUUCGGUUUGUUAGUUGGAACCACAUCUAGAAAGUAGUGUUAUGUUUUUGACUCCUCCAGUAUUUAUUAGUUCAGUAGUUUGUAUACAGCAGGCCGGAUACCAUCACAGGUCUAAGAGGCUACACGUUGGCCAAUCUUGUAAAGGGCUAACCAUAUUGUAGCUUUCAGGUGGAUAUUGUUACAGUUAAAUGUACAAACAUGCUUAGCAAACUUUAAAUAAAAAAAAAAAGAUAUUUAUCUCUUUUUUUUUUAUUUAAAGUUUGCUAAGCAUGCUUCUACCCCAAAUGUUAUGCUUGCUGGUGGCUGCAGUGAUUCAUUCUGGGAGGACAUUACUGAGAGUUUUAAACAUUAUUAAAACAAUGAAGGAACAAAGUUACACAGAUGCAUUGUAGCCUGUAAAUAGUACAACCAGCAAAGGAAGGGAAAUAUAAUUUUUUUCACCCUUAAAUCUCAACUGAACCAAAUAAUUUCAAGCACAUACCAGUACCGUGACACCAUCUCAGAAUCAGGUGUAGCUCAUAUGUCUAAAAAGAUUGUGAAGACUCCGCUUGACAUUUUUCUAUUUAGCUUCUGCUUCGUUAAAAGAAAUAGUUGGUGAUAUUUCAAAGAGAAGAUUGAGCGCGUGAGAUGGUUGAAUCAUGUGAUUGCUCAGUGAAACAAUAUUAAAUGUUAUGAAAGGAAGACUGAGUUUUGAGCUCUGUGAGCCCGUAGCACACUCUCAUAUGGACUUACAACCAAUCUGAUGGCAAUUAAAAGUUCAAUGAUAAUGUGUUUAUAUUCUUAAAACCACAAUCAUAUAAUAAGUACAAAAACUUAGACAAAAUGGUACUUUUUUUUGACUAAAACAUAAAUUCUUUAAAGCUGUAAAACGUUUUACUGCAGUAAAACUGAAUUUUGAUCGGUGGAGAGAGACAAAAUGAAAUAGACUUAACUUCUUCCAUUAUGACUGUGAAUGUACCUCAAAUUUAAUUGGUCAAAAAUAUUGUUGGAGCUUUCGAAGUUGGCAACAGAAAUCAAUGUAUUUGAGCUUAUUUUUUUGUUGUUUACUUGUGUAAUAAAUUCAGCUCAUGUUUGACCCGUGUCUCCACAGAAGUGUUGUGUUGCUGUCCUCUCACAUGAUGGUGGGAGAGCUUGUUCAAAUGACAGCUAUGAACAUCAAUUACAGAGACUGUUGCUACACUGAGAAUCCAGGGCAAAAAAAACCCUGGUGGAUUCACAAUAUGAGUGUUUCUUUUAGUGAUAACCAGAGCUAAAUUUUGCUUUAUACAUGUAAUUUUCCUCUGGUUCAGUAAGCAACCAUAGUAAGGGGGAAAUCGGAGUUUAGAAGAGUAUCUUUUAUAAAUCCAACCAUAGGUACAAUGGUGUAAAAAGUCACAUUCCUCCUUCUGUUGCUGGGCUUUUUGCUGACUUACAGGACAGGAAUGCAUUGUGCUGGACUGGUUAAUUUUCCCACACUGGCCCCCCUCAUGUGCCUCUGAUUUUCAAUGUUGUUGAAGGUUACUAUUCACUGAUCAGACAGUGCAGUUUUCCCCCAUUUUCUUUAUUUUAGAAGAAUAAAACUGUAGGAUCACAGAGAAGACAAAUGCUGAAAAUGUGCCAAACAUAUUUGUUUCUAAGAGAUCAAAUUGAUGACUGAUCACAUUAAUGUAAUGAUGUCAUUUCUAAGUUUGAAUGGUACAUGGGGAACAAUGAAAGUAUUUGUUUUUGUGAGGAAAAGCAACACAGAAUGUAAGGGAACAAGUGGUACUGUUUUGGGACAGUCAAUAAAAGAAUCAAUGUGUGUCACCA